AUGGACUCUGGGGAGGAACUACCAAACUUGUCCAAUGAGCUGAUAACUGAAUGUCCUUUAGACUUUGAGGAAGAUCUGGUACAAUUAGACGUUGGAACUGUUUAUUAUGAAAGCACCUACCAGCAGUUAGCAAGGGACCGGGAUGAUCUUCGACAAAGAUACGAGCGAGAAAAAAGAGAGAGAGAAUCUUUGGAGACUAAAUACCAUUAUGAAUUCGACCAAAAAGUGUAUUUUGAGGAGAAACUGUCAGAGCUCUCGCGGAGCCUCUCAAAGUACGAGGAAGAACUGCGCACACUUAGGCUAGAGAACAGCCAUCUUAAAGCUCAGUUUGGGCAGCUUAAAUCUGCUAUACAGACAAGAAUGAGUUCAGUCGCAGUUGGAGUAACACAGAUUGGAAAAACAGGCGAGUCUUCAAGUGGACAUGGAUUCUCCUUCAUUGCCAACUCCACCGAAGAAGUUAGUAGUAAUGAGUUGUACAAGCAAGAGGUGGCUCUUUUGGCACAAGAGAAUGAACUAUUCAAGCAUAUCAUCGACGUUAUUGACAAGCAAGAUAACAGCAAAGUUACAAUAGAUGAAGGAAUUUCUGGGCAGAGCGAUGAAAGACUUAGAUGGUUUGAAAAUGAGGAUGUUGAAAGGUUAGAGCGAGAAAAGGCCCAACUUGAGGAUCAUGUGAAGAAAUUGGAAAGAAGUAACCUUGAGCUGGAACGAUCACUCGAAGAUGUCCGUAACAAAGCCGAAGACAAUCUGAGAGCUCGCAAGAGAGAAAGCAAAGUUUUAGAAAGUGAACUGUACUCACAAUCCACGAUGGUUGAAGACUACGAAGUUCAAAUGUCCCAGAUGAAACAAACCUACGAGGGGGAAAUCAGACAACUGGAAUUAAAACUGGAGAUGGAAGUUACAAGCUCCAAGGAACUUCAACGACAAAGUCAACAACUUGAAUUGAGUAUUCGCAAGCUUGAGGAAGAAAGAAAGGAAUUACUUGUAAAGAUCGAGGAAGCUUACAAAGUAGAAAAUGAAAUAGUCGAGGAACGAACAGCUCUGGAGGAGAGUUAUUCACGUGACUUCAUCGAGCUGAGGCGGAAUUUCGAAGAAGAAAACCAAAAGAAAGAGGAAAUGUCCAUAGAAAUCGAGCGCCUGACAAAUGAAUUGGUAGAAUGUGAAAAACAAAAGAACGAAAUGGAGGCAAGGUUUUUUCACGAGGCGCAGGAGUUAAGGAUCCAGUUGGAGAAGGAAAGAGACGAAAUUUAUUCGUAUCUCAAUAGUGCAGCUGUAACUCAGGUGAUGCAGUCUAAUGUAACGCCAACAAACCAGCUUAGUGGCUUCUUUUCCAGCCCAUCUGGCACUCAAACGCUGAUUAAAGAUGAGGAAUGGAAGAUGAAACUCACAGAAGAGGCCCGGAAGAAGGAAAAACUUGAGGAAGAAAACAAGAAACUUCUUUACCAGGUCAACGAAUUACUCGAGCAAAAUCGAAGAAAUAGAGGGUCUGACUCAGUAACUGAGCAGCGCUUGGAUUACGACCGUAACAACAACAUGUUAUAUUCAGACAAUAAUGAAAAGGUGAGAGAUCUGGAAGUUGAAAUUGAAAAACUUAAGGAACACUGCCGUGUUCUCGAAAAAGAUGCUAAGAAAAAGAAGGAUUUGGAGAACAAAAACAUAGAGCUGUGCGAGGAAAUUGAGGAGAUCACGGUUAAGAAGGCAGGUGUGGUUAAAAAGCAGAAGGAACUCGUUCAGGAGCUGGAUAACUCGCUGUCGUCCGUUCAGCAAGUUGAGGAUAAAAACAGACGGCUUGCUGAAGAAGUUGAAAAUCUGUCAAGAAAAAUGCGACAAAUGGAAGAGAACUUCAGAAGUGAGAAAGACGACUGGAUGAGGAAUUACACCAAAGAAAAAACCUUGCAAAUGAACGAUCUUUUAAGCGAAAAAGAAUCCAUCGAGCGAAAAUAUAACGAACAAACGAAGAUCAACAGGAACUUAGAGGCUGAAAAGAAUUCCUUAGAGACACGAAUUUUUGACUUAGAGAGGGAGAAAGAACGCAUAGAAAGAAAAAAGAGUGAAAUCACGAGUAACUUAACAGAGGAAAUACACUUUGAGAGAGGAAGAACUAAAAUGAUCAAAGAUGAACUUGACAAAAGCGUUGAGAUUUUCAAGAAGAAGACGGAGCAACUUGAGACGAGUUUGUAUGAGAAGAAAAAGAGGUAUGAUGAGGAGACACGAGUUUUGGAAGAAGAGAAGCAGCGAAUUAGAGCUGAUUUAGAAAAUGAGAAAGAAGCAUACAGACGACGCUUUGAGGAGGAAAGAAAAACCAUCGAAGGGAGAGUAAUUGAAAUUGAAACCAAACUGCGCAAGCAAACAACAGUUAGUAAUGACUUUGUGCAGAGGCCGGUCGCAGGUGUCAUUGACUAUGACGCAGGUUCAGCAAAUGUUGCAAUAAAUCAGUCUGGUUUAAAUUCGUCCAAUCAUCAAAUAGUUUCGGAUUUGAAAAGGCAAAUAGAGACUCUCAGACGUGAAAACGAGGCACUUCAGGACACCAUUCAAGACACAGAGAGAAAACAUCGCCGAGAAAUUAAUGAUCUUGAAUACGACUUCGAGCAAAAAAGCAGAAGGGUUAAAAAUGAAAUAGAGGAAGAGUUCAGAAGGAAAAUCGAUGAUUAUGAAAGGCAGGUAGAGAAUAUAAAGGGGCAAGCUAGCAGUUCGCAAGACAUUUCUCAAGUUAUUGGUACUGUCUCGGACAAACGAGGUCAUCAAGAUAUGUCUCAACUAGUUAUCGAACACAAGGAACAGAUGGAUGGGCUAAGAAAACAGGUGAAGCUUCAAAUGGACGCCUUUAAGAUUGAGAACCAAAAUCUUAAGAAAGAAUUGCAGGAUGAGAGGAACAACCUAAAGGGACAUAGAAAGGACGAGGUUACAUUGCUUCAUAACUCGGUUCAUAAACUCACAGAGGAACUAGAAAAGCUGAAAAACGAGAGGGAAAGUCUGCUGAGCAAGUUGAGGAAAGAAAAAGGGAAUUGCAGCAAGCAAUUAAUAGGGAUGAACGAAACCGUUUCUAAAGUCAGAGAUGAGUGCGAGAAAGGAAUACGAGAGGAGAAAGAGAAUGCACAGAGGUCCAUAAACGAUCUGAAGAAGACUCUGGCCUUAACUGAAAGCAGAAUGCGGAGCAUUGAAGAAAAGUACCGAAAAGAAUUACAUCAGCAGGAAGUGAAAUUUGAGUACAAAAAGACGGAGCUUGAACAGAAUACGAGCGAUUUAGAGAUUCGGCUGAAGGAAAGUCUGCAAAUGGAGUAUAAAAUUGCACUGGAAAAGGAAAAGGAGAAAUUCGAAGAAACUCUUCGGGUGCUGAGAAAAGAGAUUACUUCGUUGCAAGAGCAACGAAAGCAGAUUCAAACAAAAAUUACUCAAAGGCAGGGUAUGCAAAGUUCCCACAGUCUCCGCGUGGAUAAAAAAUGGUCCUCAAACAAUACAUCAUUUUACAAAUCCAAAGCUGACACAGAAUAUAGAAUUUCCAUUUCAAGAGAAACGAAACACCUGGAGAAUAGGAUAGCUGAUUUGGAACGCGAAGUGGAAGUGUUAAAAAAAGAGAAGAAAGACAUCAAAGCUAGUUACCGACAAGAGAAAAUGCAGAUUCAAGAGGAGCUUGACCGGGAAAGAGAUCGAGUUGAGGAGAAGUACAGAAAGAAAAUUGAAGACUUGAAAAGAAGACUCCAUGCAGCUACUUUACAAAUUCAGCCAUUCUUGCUCUCGUCCAACGAAUGGGUAUGUUAAUUUUUUCAGCCAUAUUUGCCUCAGUUACUUGCUCAUCUACUUUUUGUUUAACCCCCUUUAUCAUCAUCAUCAUUAUCAUCAUCAUCAUCAUCAUCAUCAUUAUCAUUAUCAGCACCGUCAUCGCUCCAGUACUAAAGAGCAGUCGACUGUAUAAACUUUCUCAAAGCCCGUUUCCUUGUUACAGACGUCCCUCCCUUCACCGAGUUUGAUCAAGAAAGGAAUACCCUUUAACAACAGUAGUGAAUUUCGCUCACUUAAAUUAAAAUUGAUAGUUAAUAUAAAAUUACACGCAUAGCAAAGUAUCAAGCUUAUAGUGUGAUCUGUGAAUAUAUCCAUGUUCAUUAGGUAACUAACUAGUGCAUUAUUCUUGUUUAUUAUUGCAGGAUAGCUCGUCAAGCUCACUAAGGUACACCUUAGACGCGAGUAAGUCUUUACAGGACAAGGCGUUUUCUUCUGAUACCCAGGAAAGUGCUUUGAUUACACAGUUGAGCCUACUAAGGGACAGAAUGGACGAUAUUGAAGUGCGUCAAAAGCGAUCCAUGAACUCGAAUACAAGGAAGGUUAGUGAUUACAAGUUACUAAUCGUUUCGUAUUACCCAUUGUUCAGGGGCACCCGACGACUAUUACGUUUUCUGUAAAAUAUCUGUUCAGAGAAGCAAAUACUGUCUAGAACUUUCCAUAACUUGAGGACGGUUUAACAUUUCUAGAUGACCAUUCCAUUCAUGUACAAUUUUCUAAGCUCAUCUCAUAAAAUUACCUACGAUUUUCUUGAGGUUAAUUUUCGUACUUUACUUCCAAAGUUAGGCUAUUUUUCGUAGUGAAAAGGAAACCUAGCUGAAAUGAGGUACAUCCUACUUACUUUCACUAGGCGUCUAAAACAAAGGGGCUUUCAGAGUAACACAAAAACCGGUGUAUAUAUCAUGUUCUUGGCUAUUGCUCUAAGGCGUCCACGUUCUUGUUCUUAUUUCUGAAUGUACUUCUUAACUAAGUUUCAGAAACAAAUUUCAACGUUUUGUUUUUAUAUCCAGGAAACUGAAUCUUCGUUUACUCUAAUUAUCAUUAUGAUAGGAUUGAGCAACUCUUCCUUUGCUAAUUAUAUCUUUUGCUUUUUCUUUAGAAGACGACUGCUCGGUUUUCUUCAAACCUAGAAGGAGGUCAAACAACUCAAAGUCGCCUUUCAGGUUCGCGUUCCUUAUCAAUGCUUGAUCUCAGUUCAAGUUCUCAGCUACGGAGUGGCACGUUUGGAAAAUCAAGAAUUUCGCAUGGUUUACACAGCAGCGGAAGAAUUAACAGUGAGGCAAACGACAAUAGAUUCUUUCUGAGUCAGUCACAACGUAAUCCUUAUUCCCCGAGGCAAGGAAUCCGGGCCAGAGAUGACCUAUUCCUGACUAGUCAAAACUAUGGUUAUGGGAGUUCUUCAGCCACAACUCUUGGUCGCUCUGCGAGCCUUUCUCCCCGUGCACCGCUGUUUUUUCAUGGAAGGACGCUGAGCAGUUUUGACGCUUCACGGUUGAUGCAGUCUGGACAUUCUUUCCGCGGUAACCAAUACUUUCUUCCAUCAGUUGGCAUUUUAGGAGGCCUCUCUCAGACAAGGGCUGGAAUAUUAGGUGGUUCCUUUCUAGGCACUAGAGGAUUGCAUGCGGGCUUUGGCCUUCAAAGUACAGUGCCGGCUCCUGCCUUCUAUGGACAAAGUGGCGUUUCCAGUACGGACAGGCAGUUAUUACACUCUUCAAGCCUCAAUGAUCUUUACCAACAACACAAAGCGCGAGACCAAGGAACCUCUUCUAAUACUCGUGUUGCGCAAGUCUCGGCUGAGAUAAAGAAGAGCUCCGAUUCUUCCGAGGAAGUUAUAGGAUGCGAACUUGGAAGUAUGGGAUCUACAGCAGCUCUCUCCAAGGUCCAAUGCAGUGAGGUGCAAAGCUCUGACAUGAAUGUAACAUCAACUCAUGCCGUCCCGGCUCAACAGGCUGACCGUCAGCUGGCAGCAAACCAGGGGGACCAGGUCGAAUGCCAGAUUAAUGAUGAAGAUCCUGAACCAAAUGAGGGAGCAGAAGAUGGAUUUACGGAUGAAAAAGUGCGUUUGGCGCCAGUCCAGGUUAUGUCUGAAGAUGCUAUAAAAGCACGGGACUGA